AUGGCAUCUGAACUGGAGCCUGUGGUGUUCUUCCGUAGCUUCUUCCCCAGCCUGUCUGGUGAGUUGUCUGCCAGAAAUCUUUCUUUGGAGGAUCGGUUUUGUCUGGUGGGGACCGCUUGUGUUCUCAGGAUUCAAAUUCUAAUGGACCUUUUCACUGUAAAGGAGUCUGGUGAAGAUGUUCUGCUGGCCCCAGAUUCGGAAGAGGAACAUCUACCUGUGGACCACAGAAGUGUUCAAGGCCAAAGAAGCAGCUCUGGAAUGGAACUUCUGCAUGCUGAACCUGAUGCUCCUGCCUCAGAAGGUCGAGUUAAUGUUGUAAUGGUUGACCAGUAUGGAUCACAAGAAUCUGCUCGUGUCAUUAAAAGAAAGUCUUUUACAUAUUAUGACUCCAGCACAUCCACCUUGGAAACCAUACCUGAACCACCAGCACCAUUAUCUUUGCCGAGCUUUGAAGUCAAAACUGAGGUGGAACAUGUGGAGCAGAUGGACCACAUGGGUGAGAUGGAGCAGGUGGAUGAGGAGAAAGAGGUGGACAAGGUGGACCAGGUACCCCAGGAGGACCGGGAGACCAUCUCGUUCCCCAGUGUCACUGCUGACGUCGGAAAUCAGUCACUACACCCACCGCUGUCCGUCAUAUGGUACGUCAACAGACGGGAGGAGGAGCUGAUGAAGAGGUUCCGGGAGCAGCUGGAGGAGAGGACGCAGAUGCUGCGGGGUGAGAUCUGGAACCAGAACCAUGCGCUGGAAAUGUUGAAGGAGCAGCUCCAGUCAAUGCAGGAUUCCAAGUUGCAGAUUCAGCCAUCUACCUCACGCCACAUUCGCAGUCCUGAGCCCCAGCCUUUGGAGCCAGUGCCCAAGAAACAAUGCAUUGGGCCGAUGCAUAGGUCCCUCCCAGACUGCAAGGGGGCCAGGCAUUUCUGUGGUUCCUGUUCAUCCUACUCCUUCCGAUUCCCUGAGGAGCUUCAGCAGCCCUGUGACGCCUCUUCCCAGCAGCCCGCUCAGGAGCUGGUGCAAUACCUCCCACAGCAGGCGGGGCUGCAGGAGCAGUCACAGCAGCAUAAUGUUACUGUGGAAAACCGUGUGCUGCAAAUACUCGUGCCAAGCCAACCUAACGUCUCCUUGCCCCUCGAUAACACCCAUAUGUUUACGUCGACGCAGCACAUCACGGUUCCUGUCCAAUUAGAAGCUGAGCAACAGCCCUCCAGCAGCUAUCAUGGUGAAAACCCUGGGGGCCAGGAAGGCAGGAGUCAUAGUUUUCUUCUUGAGGACCAGCAGGGGCCCUGCCUGAGUCCAUUGCUCCUGGCACAUAACCCAAGCUCUGAGAUGAUUUCUUCUACCGUCAUCCCUCAGUGUCAGAUAAGUUCUGACUCAAACUUAGUCAUGCUGCAGAUCCCAGAGGAUUCCAACCAACUUUGUCAACAGCCAGAAGACCCACAGCAUCACCUUUACUUCCAAGUUGAAACUUGGCCUUCCAGUGAGCAGGCCUCCCUGCAGGACCAAGUUACUUGGGUUCAGGUACCAACCCCUGAGACAGAAGUCCAGGGCUCUUCAGGUCUACAGAUUAUCCAAGACGACACGGAACACGGGCCAGGCCAAAUCUGCUACUUCAUGUCUGCAGCGCCGUCCAACUCGUACGAGUAG